GCGGUGGCCUCGCCAAGCGCCAAGAAGCCCGGCGUCCCGCAGAUCGCGGCGUCGCGGGGAGCUGGGCUUGGACCGCCAGCGGUUGCGCAGGAAGAGCCCAGCGGGGAGAGCACCAUGAGGGCUGACUCGGGGCCUCGGCUGGAGGAGGGCCACCUGCGUCCUCCACGAGCCCUUCCACCUGUGCCAAGUCAAGAUGAUAUUCCACUUAGUCGUCCUAAGAAAAAGAAGCCCAGAACAAAAAACACACCAGCCAGUGCUUCUUUGGAAGGCCUUGCACAGACUGCUGGUCGAAGGCCCUCUGAGGACAGUGAGCCAUCAACUAAAGAACUCAAAGAGCACCCAGAGGCUCCUGUUCAAAGGAGACAGAAAAAGACAAGGCUACCUCUUGAAUUGGAGACUUCCUCCACCCAAAAAAAGGCAUCUAGUUCAUCUUUAUUACGAAAUGAAAAUGGUAUUGACGCAGAGCCAGCCGAGGAGGCAGUUAUUCAAAAACCUCGGAGGAAGACAAAGAAAACCCAGCCAGCAGAAUUACAGUAUGCCAAUGAGCUAGGAGUAGAAGAUGAAGACAUAAUCACUGAUGAGCCAACUACUCUGGAACAGCAGUCUGUAUUCACUGCACCCACUGGCAUUAGCCAGCCUGUAGGCAAAGUAUUUGUGGAAAAAAGCCGGAGAUUCCAGGCUGCUGAUCGUUCAGAGUUGAUAAAGACCACAGAAACCAUAGAUGUGUCAAUGGACAUGAAGCCUUCCUGGACCACCAGAGAUGUGGCACUUACAGUGCACCGGGCUUUCAGGAUGAUUGGUCUCUUUUCUCAUGGAUUCUUGGCUGGCUGUGCUGUGUGGAAUAUUGUUGUGAUAUAUAUUUUAGCAGGAGAUCAGCUAUCCAACCUCGCAAACCUUCUGCAACAAUACAAGACCCUAGUGUAUCCAUUCCAGAGUCUUCUCUACUUGCUUUUGACUCUGAGUACAAUUUCAGCUUUUGACAGGAUUGACUUUGCUAAAAUAUCAAUUGCAAUCCGAAACUUUUUGGCCCUGGAUCCUACAGCUUUAGCAUCUUUCUUAUAUUUUACUGCUCUAAUACUAUCUCUGAGUCAGCAAAUGACAAGUGACAGAAUCCACCUUUACACACCGUCUUCCGUUAAUGGUAGCCUCUGGGAAGCAGGAAUUGAGGAACAGAUUCUCCAGCCAUGGAUUGUGGUGAAUCUCGUGGUGGCUCUUCUGGUUGGAUUAUCUUGGCUAUUUUUGUCUUGUAGGCCAGGCAUGGAUCUUAGUGAAGAGUUAAUGUUCUCCUCGGAGGUGGAAGAAUAUUCUGAUAAAGAUAAGGAAAUCAAAGCCUCUUCAUAAUACCAGCUCACCUUUGGAGGAAUAAUGACCCAGUAUUUGUACCAUUUUUGUUUUAAAAUGUAUUUUUAUAAGAUGUGUACAUGUGUAUUUGUAAUAGAUAUUUAAAUUAACACUGAAACAUUUCUCAAUAUUAUGAAAAAUGUUAAAAUUGUAUUUGCUAUUUAUGUCCAAAUAUUAAUUUGUACAGCAUUAUCAUCUUACUUACAAAGGGAAUAAUGAGCUAGAAAACCAGCAAAUCAAAAUGUUUACUUCCUGUUUUCUCA